AUGCCUGUGGAUCAACUGCUCCACAUGAGAAUCGCCGACUGUCCAGUGAAUAAAAUUGCGGUGAUCACCCCGCCGGACGAAGCCGACCUGAACCUUGAAAAUAAAGGUAAAGGCGUUGCAGCGCCCGACCCCAGUCUCAGUCGCAUCUAUCGACUUACACCUAAACCGACGAUCGUACUGGAUAAUUCGUUGCGAAUCAUCGAGGUAUCAAACAGUCAUGUGGAAAUCUUCCAGCGGUCACGAGAUCGCCUGUUGAACGCCAAUGUUUACGACCUUCCCGCCUCCGUCCUUGCGGUCCCCAACAUCCCUUCCUUCAGUGGUGCUCUUGCGGCUGCCAUAUCCACACGUCAGGUGCAGACCACUAACCCGGUGCAUGUGGCCAAAUGCGACGCCUUUUUCUCCCUGAACGUAACCCCGAUUGUGGAAAAUGAUGCCCUGCUCUACGUGCUGCUGGAGGCCGAGCGGACCACCCGAAAAUCGCCAGUCAACAACCAGCACAGCCUGAACGAGGCGUACCGAAUCCUGGUGGAUACCGUGAAGGAUUAUGCCAUUUUCAUGCUCGACACCCGGGGCCACAUUGCAACGUGGAACUCCGGCGCCGCCAUCCUCAAGGGCUAUACCGCUUCGGAAAUCAUCGGACAGCACUUUUCCGUCUUCUACGGUCGCGAGGAUCGGGAAAUUAAAAAACCCGCCCGGGAGUUGGAGGUCUGCAUACAGGAAGGAAAGAUCGAGGAUGAUGGCUGGCGCUAUCGAAAGGAUGGCUCUCGGUUCUGGGCCAACGUGAUGAUCACGGCGAUUUUCCAAAACGGUACUCUGGCAGGAUUCGUCAAAGUCACCCGUGAUUUGACCGAACGUCGCGCCGCAGAGGCGCGCUUGAUCAGUGUCUUUGAAGAAUCAGUCCGACUCAAGUCCGCUUUCCUGGCCAACAUGUCUCACGAACUGCGCACCCCGAUGAACGGAAUGUUCUUGGCCUUGACGAUGCUCCUGAAGACCGAACUCAAUUCAGAGCAGCGGGAAUAUGCAUGCAUAUUGGAAGACUCGACAUCCAUCCUGUUACAAGUCAUUAACGACGUACUCGACUACUCCAAACUAUCCUCGGAGACAUUCCCCUUGACCAAAGAGGUGCUCGACAUUCACGGUGUAAUCACAGCAGUGGUUCGCAACUGCCAGAAUUCAUUGAAGCCCGGUGUCAAGCUCAUGCCUGCUGUGAGUAAGGGCUUCCCCCAAGCUGUCAGAGGAGACCCUCUCCGGUUCCGUCAAGUGCUGCAGAAUUUGGUCAGCAAUGCAGUCAAAUUCACAGAGAAAGGGCAUAUUCGGAUCAACGCCAAAUCUACAAUUGACGAGAAAGAGCCCAAUUCCCACCUGAUUACCAUCGAGGUGGUGGAUACGGGGAUCGGUAUACCAGAAGAUGCAGAGAGCACCCUCUUCACCCCCUUUACGCGAUUCGCGGACACAGCAACCAAGAAAUACCAGGGAACUGGUCUCGGUCUGUCAAUCUGCAAGAGCUUGGUUGAAUUGAUGGAUGGCGCUAUCGGGUUCCACUCUAAUCCCGACGGGCCUGGUAGUGUGUUCUGGAUGACAGCUAAGCUGGCGAAUGCUGCCUCCCCGGUGUCUGCAGCAAGGCAGAGUUUGCCACCUACCACUCCCUCGACGGUAGACCGGACCGGACCGCUAAAGACGAUCGCCCCACACAAGUACAUUCUUCUCGUCGAAGACAACAAUGUCAAUCGAACUAUUAUGGUGAAACUACUCUCUACCCUUGGCUUCCAACGGGUAGAUGCCGCAUGGAACGGCGCAGAAGCAGUGCGAAUGGUCAAGCAGAAACCACUCGCGUAUAAUGUGAUCCUAAUGGACAUCAACAUGCCGGUCAUGGAUGGUCUGACAGCCACAGAGCACAUUCGACGAAUGAACCUGGACGUGCCCAUCCUCGCGCUGACAGGCAACGCCUUGAAGGGAGAUGCUGAAACGUAUCUUUCCAAGGGUAUGAACGAUUACAUCGCCAAGCCUCUCCAUAGACAGCAGCUGGUUGAUCUACUGUGGAAAUGGUGUGGAUCAUGA